UGGAUUUUAAUAGCCAUGUUUCGACUUGCCAUGGAGGUCUCCUCUUGUGCGUCGUUGGGCCGAGACCUCCGGCACCCAUUUCCACAGAGACCCGCCCGCUGGUAUGGAUUCCCUCACCAUCUUUUGUGGAGCUUUAGAUACGGACCCCAAGUCAGGAGGCUUGGACUCCCAGCCAGCCUUGACUACUGGGAACUCUCCAACGGGCAGUGGCCCAACGUGUCCCGCCUCAAAAGGUUGCACCAUGUGGCGGACCUCUGGUGGGGAAGCUGGCGGACGCCCUCGCUCGGCCACGUGAAAGCCAACCCCACGUUGACGGGCAAGAGAACCGUGUCGCAGGCUUACUUGAAGCGGAGGAAAAGGUACCUCCGAGCCAACAGCAGGCCAACGAUGGAGACCGAGGUCAUCGUCUGGGGGUCCACCAGCCCUUUGGAAGCCCUGGAGACCAGCACCAUCCCUGGGAUUUACAAUGGUCCUGCCACCUCAGUUUUGGAACGGGUGACCAGCAGCACGACCACCACGACCACUAUGUCCACCACCACCACGGCGGCUUCUACGACCGCACAGUCCAAAGGACUCGGCCCAGGGCUUGGGGCCCCUAAGAACCAUCCCGUCAGCACGCUGCUUCCCCCUUCGACCUCCAGAGGUAGCAGGAAAAAAGCAGAAGGCCCACCCCCAGCACCCCCUAAAAUACCAGGAGAUACUUCAGGCCUGGCGCUCCAUCAGAUUAUCACCAUCACCGUCUCGCUCAUCAUGGUCAUCGCCGCGCUGAUCACGACCCUCGUCUUAAAAAAUUGCUGUGCGCAGAGGGGCAAUGCCCGUCGCAGUGGCCACCAGCGGAAAAUUAAGCAGCAGGAAGAGAGUUGCCAAAACCUGACGGACUUCACUCCGGCCAGAGUGCCCAGCAACCUGGACAUCUUCACGGCCUACAACGAGACCCUCCAGUGCUCGCAUGAGUGCGUGAGGAGCCCCGUCCCGAUGUAUGCCGAGGAGGCGAUGCUCUCCCCGGGAGACUACAAGACCUCCUUCAACGGGAACAGGGGGUCUUCCUCGGACCGCCAUCUAAUCCCCGUGGCCUUCGUAUCGGAAAAAUGGUUUGAGAUCUCGUGUUGACCGGCAAAACUCUGUUUUUAACUUCCUGGAGGGGCAGCCAGACGCCGCGCAGCCGUUCCGUGGAUUCCAUUGGUGAACCUGUAAA